GCCGCGACUCGUUCUACGAUAGCACAACUCCUGCGCCAAAUAGACUCCAAACACACCGCCCAACAGUACCUCUCUUACUUCAGCACACCCACCUUCUCGUCCCGCCCGUUCGCCGUCAUCAAAGUCGGCGGUGCUGUCCUAGCUGACCACCUCCCAUCUCUUGCAUCUGCAAUCGCCUUCCUAAGCCAAAUUGGCCUCUACCCGAUUCUCGUUCAUGGCGCGGGGCCCCAGCUUAACACGCUGCUCUCUGCCACGGGGAUCAAGUCAGAGUUCCAUGAUGGCAUCCGCGUCACCGAUGGACGUACCCUGGCACUGGCUCGCACAGCUCUACUCGAGGAGAACUUUAAGCUUGUUCAGGAGCUUGAGAGCAUCGGUGUCUCUGCCCGGCCGUUAACCUCGGGUGUUUUUCAAGCUGAGUACGUUGACGCAAGCAAGUACGGUCACGUGGGCCGAGUCAACAAGGUUGAAGACUCGUCUAUCCGGGCGGCUCUGCGCGCAUCGUGCGUGCCGGUGCUGACCUGCAUGGGAGAGACUUCCGAUGGCCAGGUUCUCAAUGUUCAUGCGGAUCUGGCCGCAUCUGCGCUGGCGCGGGUGCUGCGCCCGGAGAAGGUCGUGUACCUUUCCGAGACGGGCGGUUUGGUGAACGGAAGAACCGGAAGGAAAAUGGACGUGAUCAGCCUGGAGUGGUUGCGGAAGCAGGAGUGGGCGCGUUUAGGGAUGCGGUGGAGAGUGAGGAUGACGGCUGUGCACGAUUUGUUGGAGGGAAAGGAUGGGGAAGAGGUAAGGGUGUCAGUAGUACAUCCUCGGGGGCUGUUGAAGGAGGUCUUUGCGGGCGAAGGCCAUGGAGAAGGGACGGUGAUCCGAAGG